AAGCAACUGUCAGGGCUGCAACUGUCAUGGUUCCACGCCUGCUCCAGGUUCUGAGAAACACUGGGGUUAGGAGAGCCUGGAGGAGUCAUGGCCCCUGAGGGCAUCCCUGAAGCGCCAGCGUGCUGCUCUGCCCGCUACAACUUGGCCCUUUUGUCCUGCUUUGGCUUCUUCGUGCUCUACGCCCUACGUGUGAACCUGAGCGUGGCGUUGGUGGAAAUGGUCGAUUCCAACACGACUGCCGCAGACAACAGAACUUCCAGAGAGUGUAAGGAGCAUUCGUCGCUCGUGAAAGUGCCUCGUAAUCAAACGGGUAAGAGGUACGCAUGGGAUGCGGAAACUCAAGGAUGGAUUCUCGGUGCUUUUUUUUAUGGCUACAUCGUCACCCAGGUCCCUGGAGGCUAUUUUGCCAGCAGAAUAGGGGGCAAGCUGCUGCUGGGCUACGGGAUCAAUGGGUUUCUCUCCGCGUUGCCUUACUUUGGCAGUUGGCUGUGUAUGAUCCUGUCCGGGCAGGCGGCUGACAGCUUAAGGGCAAAAUGGAAUUUUUCAACUCUGUGUGUUCGUAGAUCCUUCACGCUUGUCGGAAUGAUUGGGCCUGCGGUGUUCCUGGUGGCCGCUGGAUUCAUAGGCUGUAACUAUUCUUUGGCUGUCGCGUUCCUGACCAUUUCGACCACCCUGGGAGGCCUCUGCUCUUCCGGGUUUAGCAUCAAUCACCUGGACAUCGCGCCUUCGUACGCCGGGGUCCUGCUGGGCAUCACCAACACGUUCGCCACCAUCCCGGGCAUGGUCGGGCCCGUGAUUGCCAAGGAUCUCACCCCAAACGAUACCAUUAGCGAAUGGCAAACUGUGUUCUAUAUUGCUGCUGCUAUCAAUGUAUUCGGGGCCAUUUUCUUCACACUGUUCGCCAAAGGUGACGUGCAGACGUGGGCCGUCGGUGAUCACCAGGGGCACAGACACUGAGGACGCCGCGCACCCUCCAGCCUCGCUACUCCGCAUCAUGUAACCAAGUGCCUUUGCACGCCCGUGUCGGAGUCCCGCACACGCGCCAGCGCCUGCAUUGAAUGUGGAAAGCUGUAAUCAUGAAGGGCCACUGGACGCAGGCUCGGCGUUAGCGCCUUCCGGUAGCGGUCUACCGGCAGGGCAGCUGGCCUCCUGCACGCCGCCCCGCAGCUGCGCAGGGAGGGGACUUGCGAUCUGCGGUGCGGGCCACGCGCGGGCUGGGAGCCGCAGGGCCGGCCUGGGCCUGGUCCUGCUCACCUGCCUGGUCCCGCUCACCUGCUUGGUCCCCGCCUCGGAGCCGACAUGGGCUCGGGCUGCCUCAGCGCCUGCCCUGGCCCGCCCCAGGACCACGGGGUGAAUGCGACCCUGCCUUUUCAUGCACCUCAGAAUAAAAAAGAAAAAGCCUGGGCUUCCCUUUUCUGCCACCUCCCUGCGGCAGCCUGGGUGGCCUCCAGCCGAGGGCCAGCCGCAGCGGGCAGGCAUCCAGGGCUGGCUGCUCCCUCGCACGGCAGGGCCCACGACCAAAGGGCAGGCGGCUUUGGGGGCCGCCCCACCUCAGCCAGUGUCACCAUCCUCAUUGUUGAUUCCUGAAAUCAUAUUUUUGCAGCUUUUUCCCUGACUCCGUUGAGGUGCCUGAGGCGCACACGUGCAUUCCCAGCAACUUGCGUUUCCUCGUGUUUGUUCAGCGCCACCCGUCACAUUGUCAUGAAUUAGAACUGUUUGAUGCGAUGCCUUGUGAAUACUCGUAUGUAAAUUAUUUUUAAAUUGUAAAUAUCAAUUGUUUUAAGUUGCUAUGAUGAUAUUUCUUUUAUAAAUCAGAAUAAACCUUGUGGAUCGA